AUGGCUUCUGAAGACGAAGUAGCUGUUUUCAAUUUGUCUGAUUCUACCCUUCUCAAGAUCCUUAAAGGCGACAUCACCAAGUGGUCCGUCGAUGCCUCCUCCGAUGCUAUUGUCUAUUCAGCAAACGAGCGUAUGGUAGGUGGUGGUGGUGUCGAUGGAGCAAUACAUAGAGCAGCUGGUCCAGAACUUAGAGCAGCAUGUUAUCAAGUACCAGAAGUUCGUCCUGGAGUCCGUUGUCCAACCGGUGAAGCAAGAAUUACUCCGGGUUUUAACUUGCCUGCAUCUCGUGUGAUUCACACCGUUGGACCAAUCUAUGACUCAGAUGUCAACCCGAAAGAAUCCCUCGCAAAUUCGUACAAAAAUAGUUUGAGAGUGGCAAAGGCAAACAACAUCAAGUACAUUGCAUUUCCUGCCAUAUCUUGUGGGAGUUACGGAUUUCCUAUUGAUGAAGCUGCUGCGAUUGGUAUAUCAACGAUCAAAGAGUUCGCCAAUGACUUUAAAGAGGUGCAUUUUGUUUUGUUCGCGGAUGCUAAAUAUAGCGUGUGGGUAAACAAGGCAAAGGAGCUGCUACAAAAAACCUGA